CCUUUGGCACCACUCUACACUUGUAACUUGUUUUGUCUUUCGGCAAUUGCAAUGAAGGCUACUCUCAAGGGCAAGUACGACCUCGACAAAAACGGCGGUGCACUUGCCACCGCCGCCGUCAACGCCGGCGACGUCAAGUUCAGAGCCUCCGUAACGGAAGCCACCUUCAUUAACGGCCCCAGCCUCACCGGUUUGUCUCUCGCCGUCGAGAAGCCCGGUUCCUUCAUCGUCGACUACAACGUCCCCAAAAAGGACUUUCGUUUUCAGUUCAUGAACACGGUUAGGGUUAGGGAGAGGCCGUUGAAUUUGACUUACGCCCACAACUUCAGUGACAACCGCACCGUUUUGGAUGGAACCUUUGUGUACGAUCCUGCGAACAAGUUUUCGGCCAAUUAUGCUCUUGACUCGGGAAACUGCAAGUUGAAGUACACUUAUGUUCACAAGGGGUUGACCACGUUUGAACCCACCUAUGACGUGGCUAAGAACACGUGGGACUUUGCGGUUUCCCAGAGGGUCUAUGGUGAUGACACGUUGAGGGCCACUUACCAGACAUCCACCAGGGUUUUGGGCCUUGAGUGGUCGCGGAUGUCCAAACACCCUGCUGGCUUCAAGAUCGUAGCAUCUGUUAACUUGGCUGAAGAAUUGAAAGCUCCCAAAGUUGUUGCUGAGACCUCAUGGAAUUUUGAGAUGUAGCUUCAUUCCAAUACAUUGUUUCAAUUACUUGAUAGGUUUACUGUCAAGUUUUGAAGGUUUUUUCUGUCACCAUUGGGCAUAUUUUGCCUUUGAAUAUUAUAUACUUGAAAGUGUUUGGAUAAUGUUAUGAGCAACUCUGGCAUUCGUUGUCCACCAACAACAUCCCAUUUGAUUUUUAAACUAUUCUUGAAUUUACCUCACAUUAAAAAAAAACUGUAAUCGCGCUUGCCUAUAGAAUGGCCCCCUAUAUUCUCAUAAAAGUUAUUUUAUAUA